UAACGCCGACGCGGACAAGACCCAAGGACUUGACCAAGGACUUUGCCGAAAAGCCUGGCCAAGGACUCGCCCAGGCGAGAGGUUCAAUUUCCGAAGCAAAGAUUCACAGAAUCUGCAGCUUAUGCUCGUGUUGCCCCGGAUUCCGGCCGUUGAUCGUAAGCAUGUGUCUUGGCGGGCACACUUAUCAGAUCAUCGCUGGUGUGCUACGAUCUUUCAAAGGAUGUAUAAGCAGCGGCCUUCGUAGACCGUACUGUCCGUCAUUCUCUCUCGUCCUCGUCACCCGACAGAGCUUCGGACCAAGACAACCGUUAAGCAACAUAGUCCUCAACGAUGCAGCCUCAGGCUGAUCAACGUCGCCUCAUGGCCCGCACGGGCGCCGCGACCUUUGCCCUCGCACUCCUCUCCAGCGGGGCUCUCGCCUGCGGCCAAGAGAUAAUCCCGCCGACGGGCCCGUUCAACGUCGGGGUCAGCAAGCACGCCAUCGACUUUGUCAACCCGGGCGAUUGGCUGGCCCCGGGCAACGUCACGACCUCGUUCCUCGCCACCGUCUACUACCCGACCCUGGAGGACGAGCCAGUCCCGCCGGCCCGCUACCUCCACCCGGGGGGCCUCCGCGCCCUGGCCGAGAUGCUCGCCGUGGUGGCGGGCGACAUUGACCACGAGGCCAUCGCCAACCUGAUGUCGUCCCACCUGCGCUGGGGCGCCAAGCCCGCGCCCGCCGCCGCGCUGCUGGAAAGGGUCCGACGCAACCACACGACCCUGAUCUGGAGCGCCGGCGGGCGCGGCGGGCCCGCCGAGAUGAGCACCAUGCUACUCUCGGACCUGGCGUCGCGCGGCUACGCCGUCGUGGGGCUGGACCACCCGUACGAGCAGCCCUUUGUCUGGUACCCGAACCCGUCGGCCCCGGGGGGCGGCGGGCCCCUCGACCCGGGCGUUACGCUUGUCGCGGGCCCGCCGUCGACCCUCGACCUGUCCGAGGACCUCGUGCGCGCCAUCUACGGCACGCGCCUACGCGAGAUGAAGCACAUGGUGGAGUCCGGGUGGCCCGAGCUGGUGAAGAAGCAGGGGUGGCCGUUCGCCACCGACGGCAUGGGCCUGCUCGGCCUCUCGCUCGGCGGCGCCACGGCCCUGGGGACGCUGCACGACACAUCCGAGGCGCUGACCCGGGCCGGGCUCAACCUGGACGGGGGCAUGCAGGCGCCGCCGGGCCAGGACGUGGGCAAGGGCCGGCCGCAGCUGCUCUUCGGCUCCUGGUUCCACGUGUCCGCGGACGACCCGGCCCCGGCCCCGGGCGCGUGGGUCGACCAGACGUGGGAGGACUACACGGCAAGCCAGACGGGCUGGUGGCGGCGCACGCUGACCGACGAUUACGGGCACUGGGAUGCCCUGGACGCGGCCUACUGGAAGGAUCUCGUCAAGCACACCAUGCCGGCCAACAUCGUCGGGAGCAUCCCGGGCGCCAGGGCGGUCGACAUCACACGCCGGACCGUGGCGGCCUUCUUCGACAAGUGGACCAGGGGCAUCGAGGAUGAGGCUGGGCUGUUGGAUAAUCCGGGGAGGGUGUUCAAGGAGAUGAAGCUGGUUGCCGGGCAAGAUGGGAAGUAGGAACGGAUGGUAUGAUGGAGACUAAAGCUGCGGCGAGCGAGCCCACCGCGCAUCCCUGGAUGGGUUCUAGUUCGAAUUUAUAAAGUCGCAACAGUUUAUCUCAACGCCUCCGCGUGGCGGCCCGAGUUCAUUCUCGUAGGUCCCCGUUGC